GAGACCGAUGGAUUUUUCGUGCUUUAGCCUUUAUGCCUUCCAACUUUUACCCUGUUGUGCAACUCUCAUUUUCUUCUCUCCAGUUUUCCUAACCCUAACGAGUCGUUCUUGUCAUUCCGCGUCUUUGGAAGCCCAGAGCCAACGUGACGACAAUGGUGUUCUACUUCAAAGCCCGACCAGACGCUGGCGACUACACCAUCUUCAUGGGUCUCGACAAGUUCGAGAACGAGGAGCUUAUCAAGUACGGUUUCCCGGAAGACAUUUGGUUCCACGUGGACAAGAUGUCUUCAGCCCAUGUGUAUUUAAGACUGCACAAAGGUCAGACGAUUGAUGAUAUACCGGAAGGCUUACUGGAGGAUUGUGCUCAGCUUGUUAAAGCAAAUUCCAUUCAAGGCAACAAGGUGAAUAAUGUUGAUGUAGUUUAUACUCCCUGGCACAAUUUGAAGAAAACUGCUUCCAUGGAUGUUGGCCAAGUCGGUUUUUACAGUCCAAAGAUGGUCCGCACAGUCAAAGUGGAGAAGCGGAUUAAUGAAAUAGUUAAUAGAUUGAAUAGGACAAAAGUGGAAAGAAAACCAGAUUUGAAAGCUGAGCGGGAAGCAGUUAAUGCUGCAGAAAGAGCAGAGAGAAAACUUCAGCUCAGAGAUAAAAAACGACGGGAGGAAAUGGAAAGGCUUGAAAAGGAGAGACAGGCAGAGAUUCGGAGCUAUAAGGGUUUGAUGGUUUCUGAAAAUAUGACCUCUAACAAACAGAUUGCUGCAACAAGCAAGUCAUUGCAAGAAUUGGAGGAAGACUUCAUGUAAACACUCUAUUCAACUGUUCAGCUUGAAGCAUUUUGCUGUCAUAUGUUUCCAACUAGUUGCGGAAAUGGAGACCCCAAAAUAGGGUCUCUAUGCUCUCUUAUCAUUCCGGGCGAAAAUUUUAAACCAUCUUAUUCCCGUGUCAAUAAGAGGAAAAGAGGAUUGCAGCAUGAAGGGUACUUUACCUUAUAUCUGUGUAUUGCACUGAAUUAUCAUGUACUUCUGUUCUCUCUUUUUUAUUUUUCUUUCUUUUUAUUUUCCUACAAUGAUAUACUUCAUUUUAAAGCAUCAUUGGUGGUUAUCUGAUAAUGUAAUGUGUUUGUGGGUGGACACUGAAGCAAACUAAUGUUAAUAAAUUGGGUAUGUUCAUUCGUCA